AUGAAAACUCAGCAAGAAGUCUGCGAUGACAUAGCGAAGGAGUUGGAACGGCUCAACGUAGAAAUGAAGAAGGACUUCGAUUCGAAGUUAAAAACAAAGAGGGAGAAAUCGACAAGAACUUCAAGAAUUCCAAAGCGAAAUCCGAACCUGAUGCUUACCAACGAAGCUGGUAAACUGGAGAAUUCAGAGCAGUUGAAGGGAAGCUGGCUGCUCUUUAUUUCGGCUUCCCGCAUUGCUCACAUAUUUGUUGAGACGAGAUAA